AUGGAUGUCGAAAGUGAAAAGUUCGAAAGGUUGUAUUAUGCUGGCCCAGUUACGAGUCUCUGUUUCCAUAACGACACAAUAUUGUUUUCUGGACAAGGGCCUUGCUUGAAAGCUUUUUAUGUCCCUACUGGAGAACUGAUGAAUAGUAGUCUGGCGCUGGAAUAUUUUAGGAUACAUGGAAUUGUGCCAGAAAAAUAUGUCAGAAAAGUUUCAGUCUUUCGAGAAGACUUUUUGAAAGAGCGAAGAUUGAUUGCGAUUUAUGGAUCGAAAACCGUACAACUUGUAGAAGUAAUUGUAACAUACAGUCAUGAAGAAAAACUGCCAGAUUGUGCAUUCAAUCUCGUUUCAAAAUUGCCUCCUUUAAAAGAUUGGGUGCAUGAUGUCUGUUGGUUGUACGAGAACUUGGCAACAUCGGAACCAAAAUUUCCAUCGGAGUUAGCCAUUGCUUUCGCGCACAACUUUGUGGAAAUUUGGAAUGUGAAAGAUAAUUCUUGCGCGUAUUCGAUCCAGUGCGAAGAAUGUUGCAUAUUGUACUCGGCAAGAUUUUUCGGUGAAAAUAGAGAAGGAUUGAUUUUGGCGUCGGGAACAGUUUUUAAUCAGGUUCUUUUAUGGAAUGUCAUGAAAAAAAAUGAACAUGGUCUAGGUGUUGUAAGCAAGAAAUUUGUAGGUCACGAGGGCGUCAUUUUUGGCGUGAGGUUUAGUGAAAACGGGAGAUCUAUUGUCUCAGUAUCCGAUGACAGGACCAUACGUCUGUGGGAAACGGAUUCCGAUGACAACGAAUAUUUAUCCCUUCGAAGUGCAAAACCACUGGUGUUAUAUGGACAUGUCGCGAGAAUUUGGGAUUGUCAUAUAUUAAAUGAUUAUCUUGUCAGCAUUUCCGAGGAUUCAACCUGUCGCGUGUGGAAAAAUUCGUUCAAUAAAAACAACGAGGAUGACCUAAGUGACGUUUAUUGUCUUGCCUGCUGGGAAGGACACGUUGGCAAGAAUGUUUGGAGCUUGGCAAUAAAUCCGUCACAAAAGGUGGUGGUGACAGGCGGAGGAGAUUCUGGCAUUCGACUAUGGUCUCUCUCGGCCAUUACGAAUAACAAGAUAGACUCGGAGGAAGAUUUGAUAAAGAUAUUAUUGCCACCUCCCGAAUCGUAUGCCCAACAGAAUGUGAAAUUACCUUCACGAGAACACGUUCGGAAUUUUGUAUUGAUAGACUAUCGCGUUAUGGUUAUUGCGACAAAUUAUGGAUAUCUAUUGAAGCAUGAUAAUUUCACAAAUGAGUGGAUCUCUUUAUAUAACUCAUCGAACCUACAGAAUUACACAAUGAUGAAAGCGUCAGAAUGUGGAAGAAUCGUGUGCUGUGGCAGCAUUGAUGGUCAUUUAUAUGUAAUCAGUGUGAAUCAAGAUUUUCAGGUCAUAAAAAGGAAAUUACACGAAUCGAAAAUCUUUGAGAUAUUUUUGGAGAAAACUGAAGAUCCAAAUACAAUUUACUUAGUAUCGCAUGCAGUUCAAAGUGAUGUUCUUUUACUAAAACUAACUUUGAAUGGCGAUAAUCAAGACUCAGUUUUAGAUGUAUUACAUAAACUAUCCAUCCCUGACGAAUUCUUGCUUAUGUCCCUUUCAAUUUGUUCUCCGCAUAAUUUGUUGAUCUGUGGUUCACGCUAUGGCGGGUUGGCUAUAUAUGAUAUUGCACAAUCAUACACCUCGAUGACAAAUCAUCCCGUGAAAGAGCGUUCUCCAAUUAUUUACUUACGCGAAACGCAUAGAAAGCAGUCGGUAACCUCUGUUGCUUUGAAUCUUGAGAAAUUCGAAAGUCCGAAUGAUGAGGAGGUCCUAAUGAUAUACACCACGGGCAGAGAUGGUUGUUAUGUUAAAUAUCGACUGAAAGGAAUGAUAACAUACAAAAAAAAUUCCGCUGUUCUAAAAAUUGAUGAUUCUUCUUAUAUUGGAGAUUAUGAAGAGGAGAUUGAAGCUGAUUACAGUGGUGAUGACGAUGAGAAACCAAAGAAAAAAUUGAAAAAAGAACUUAUCUCAGGUCAUGGCUUAAUUUUAGAAGAAGUAUAUCGAGCAAAAAUUACCAAAGGAUGGUUGGAAAAAGCACUGCUCAUAGAUGGUGAAUUGAUACUUCUAGGGUUCUACCGAAAGAGAUUUUUUGUUUAUAACGAGGUUAAAAAAUUUGAGAUGUUUUCGGUUGCGUGUGGUGGGGCCCACCGAGCGUGGUAUUUCAAAGCCCAGGACGGAAGGAUGGAUAAAGCUAAUUUUAUGUUCGUUCGCAAGGAAAAUGUGUUCAUUUAUCACAGGGAAGAUACAGCGUUCAAUGGAGGUUUCAAUGAGUGUGAGUUGCAGAAGAAUUUUCAUGGAAGGGAAUGUAGGGUUGUGAGGUUUCUAAAGGUGGUUCCAGAAGUAAAUCAAUUUCAAAAGAAACCAAUAAUACUUGCAUCAGGGGCGGAGGAUGGCAGAUUAAGAAUAUCUCAGUAUAUCAAUGGUGAAAAAGAGAACCUUUUGAUUAACUUGUGUAAUAUCAAGAAACACACUUCUGUGAUCCGCAGCAUAGAGUGGAGUUAUGGUAAAAACUUGUUGUUAUUUUCGAGUGGUGCCAGCGAAGAGUUGAGAUGUUGGAAAGUUGAAAUUGAAUCGGCAAACGAAAAUGUAGAAAAUUCGGAUUUCCAACCUGUCAAUGUCAAUUGUCUCGAAUGGGCAUCGUGUUCGCCUAUGAGUGACAUACUCGAAACCAGAAUAAUGGACAUUGCCGUCCACUCAAUUGAUUCUACAAAAGGAAUACAUUUAGUUGCUGCUGGUUAUUCGGAUUCUACAUUAAGAAUAUGGUUCUUUGAUGAAUAUAUUCGGGACUUUUUGUUGAUUGGAUAUGCUAGAUUCCAUUUUAAAUGCAUUUUGCAGGUCAAGCAUUUGGUGGUAGAAGCUUUUGAUGGUAUGAACAAAGAUGGUAUGAUUUUAUUUACCUCAGCUACCGACGGAAGAGUUGCCAUAUUUGAUAUUUCACAACUGGUUCAUAGAAAUAUACACAUGUAUGAUGUAAAUAUCAAAGAUCGUACUUUUAACUUGGAUCUGUGCGAUCCCAUUUAUUUUUACCAAGCUCACCAAUCUGGGGUCAAUUGUAUUGCUUACCGUCGGUUGGUCAAUAGUAAGACGAAACAAACUUAUAUGAUUGUAACCGGUGGUGAUGACAAUUCUAUAGCUGUGUACUUUUUGGAUGUUGAACGGAAUAUAUGCGAUGCAGAUAAAGAAUGCAUUGCGAAUUUUCGGCUGACAAUAAAAUCGAAUAAUGAUAGAGAUAGCAUGAGGGUGAAUGCAGCUCAUGGCUCAUCUUUGCAAGGAAUUUGUGUUAUCAAUGAUUCCCUGAUACUUAGCACAUCUUUGGACCAGCGUUUGAAUCUAUGGGCAAUUUCUUCUCUAGACUUGGGUGAUUCUGUACAUGGUUGGGGAAAUAAUCAAGAAAUUCGACUGAUCACAUCCAAGUUCAUUGAUGUCUGUGACCCAUCUUCAAUGGAUACACUGGACACUGAAGAAUCUGAAACAAAUAUUUUUUCGAUUACAGGAAUCGGAAUAGAAAUUUUUAAACACAACAGACAUAUGUGA